CGAUAAUAUUAUGUUUUGACGUCAAAUUUUGUAAUGAAACCGUGAUAUAUUUACAUUUGUUAUAAUUUUACUACACUAAAUCAAAAUGCCACCAAAAGGAGGGAAAAAAGCACCAGCUAUCAUCAUCGAUGGAGUGGAUACGUCUGAGAUGUCAAGAGAAAAACUUGAGCAGUUCGCUCUUAAAGUUAAAGAGGAGCUAGAUAAGGAACGGGAAGAAAGAAACUACUUUCAACUUGAGAGGGAUAAAAUAAGAACUUUCUGGGAGAUAACACGUCAACAAUUAGAAGAAGCAAAGGCUGAAUUGAGAAAUAAAGAAAGAGCUACCGAAGAAGCACAAGAAGAAAAUGAAGCGCUUUUGGAAACAGAGAAGCAAAAAAUCAAACAUCUUAAGUAUGAGCAGCAAGCAGCUGCGGCUGCUUUAAGAGCUGAAAAUCUGGUAGCAUUAAAAUCUGCUAAAGAAGAAUAUACGGAACAAGAGAUAGAACUUUUGCAUGAUAAAAGAGUCAUACGUCAAGAAAUGAGGGAGAAACAAUUAUCAGCACAAGAUGAACUUCGACGCGCUAAGCUCAUUCAUGCUGAGGAAUUAUCGAAAGUCAGAGCUGAGUUUGAAGAGAGGGCUCGUCAAAUUGAAGAUAAAGCUGAUAAGAAGCUGCAUGAGACAAAAGUGGAGUUAACUGUCAAACAUAGAACAGAAAUAGCAGAGGUUGAGGAGAGAAAAAAUAAACAACUAUCGGAGCUGAUUGCACAUCACGAAAGAGCAUUCUCAGAUUUAAAGAACUACUACAACGAUAUAACGCUGAAUAACUUAGGAUUAAUAAGCAGUCUUAAACAACAGAUGGAAGAAAUGCAAAAAGUUAAAGAGAGGGCAGAGAAAAUAGCAAGAGACGCCGUGGCUGAAUCAAAGAGUCUGCGUGAACCUUUGGAAGCUGCUAUCAUUGAUAACAAGGAGUUGAAACGGCAAAUGUCUAACUAUGAUAGAGAUAAGGCUUCAUUAGCUGCCAAAACAAAACAACUCGCAUCAUUGGAAAAGCAAUUUGAAGUUCUCAAGUGGGAGUACGAAGUUAUACAAGUACGCUUCGAUCGAAUCUUAGUUGAGCGAGACGAAUUAAAGGCAAGAUUCUCUAGAGCAGUUCUUGAAGUACAACAGAGAGCGGCGUUGAAGACCGCUUUGUUGGAAGCUAAGCUCAAACAUUUUGAAGGCAGAGACAUGGGUCCUAGUGAAUUACAUGAUAUAAUGAAAAUGAAAGAUACACAAGUUGAUGACCUUCGAUAUGAAGCAGCAAGGUUGAGGAAAGCUCACGAUGACUUAUUGGCGACGUAUGAGGCUAAGUUGGCAAAGCUUGGUGUGCCAGCGGAAGAACUGGGCUUCAAACCAUUGAAAGCUGUUGCCGUAGCUGGACUAUCACCGAUUGUUGGACAAGGACCGGCCGGCUUGGUUACCAGAGAUCAAAUUUAA